CAAUGCAAGUGCCGGAAGAGUGGUGAUCUAGGUUUUUGCAAAUGCCGAUGCCGAGGCAAUUCUUGAACGCCACCCCAACUCACCUCCACCGCUGCUAUUUCUUCUUCUUCUUCUUCCUCUUCUUACUCGCACAACAACAUUCCCUUGCGUCCGAAGUUUCUGUUUUAUUCUCUUGGAUUUCUUCUUCUUCUUCUUCUUCACCGCCCCCUCCUGCAUUCUCCAAUUGGAAUCCCUCACACCCUAAUCCUUGUAAUUGGUCCUUCAUCACAUGCUCUUCUCAAUACUUUGUCACGCAAAUAAACAUACAAUCCCUUCCCCUCGCUCUCCCCUUCCCCUCCAAUCUCUCCUCCCUCUCCUUUCUCCAAACCCUAACAAUCACUGGCGCCAACCUCACCGGAACCAUCCCCUCCGACGUCGGGGGCUGCGCCUCCCUCCGGAAUAUCGAUGUCAGCUUCAACGCCCUCGUCGGGGAAAUCCCCUCCACCAUCGGCGGCCUCAAGAAUCUCGAGGAGCUCACCCUCAAUUCCAACCAACUCACCGGACCAAUCCCGCCCCAAAUCGGCGGCUGCAUGAAGCUUAAAACCCUUACUUUGUUCGACAACAGGCUGAGCGGAAGCAUCCCCGCCGAGAUCGGAAUGCUGUCGGAGCUGGUUGCCCUCCGCGCCGGCGGCAACCAAGAUAUCGACGGAGAGAUUCCCGACGAAAUCGGGAACUGCCGUAAUCUCGAGGUGCUCGGGCUCGCCGAUACGAAGAUUUCCGGGGGGAUUCCUCGCACCAUCGGAAGGCUCCAGAAGCUCCAAACCCUGUCGAUUUACACCACGAUGCUAUCGGGAGAGAUUCCGGCGGAGAUCGGGAACUGCACGGAGCUCGUGGAUGUGUUCUUGUAUGAGAACAGUCUGUCUGGAUCGAUUCCGCCGGAGAUAGGAAAUCUGCAGAAGCUGGAGAAUUUAAUGGUGUGGCAGAACAAUUUGGCGGGCUCAAUUCCCUAUCAAAUUGGGAGGUGCAAGAGUUUGACAGUCAUUGAUGUUUCCCUGAACUACAUAUCUGGCACCAUUCCGGAAUCAAUUGGGAAUCUAACCUAUCUCGAAGAAGUGAUGCUCAGCAGCAACAACAUCUCCGGUUCCAUCCCUGCGGUUCUCUCCAGUGCGACCAGGCUGGUCCAGUUCCAAAUCGACAGCAAUCAGAUUUCCGGCUCGAUUCCGCCGGAGCUUGGACUGUUGAAGAACCUGCAGAUCUUCUUAGCUUGGGGCAACAAGCUGGCGGGAAGCAUCCCGGAGGCGCUCUCCGGCUGCGAGAGCCUCCAGUCGCUCGAUUUGUCUCGCAAUUCGCUCACCGGCAGCCUUCCCACCGGCAUCUUCCGCAUCGCCAAUCUCACCAAGCUUCUCCUCAUCUACAACGACAUCUCCGGCGCGAUUCCGCCGGAUAUCGGCGCCUGCACCUCUCUGGUGCGGCUGAGAUUGGUCGGGAACAAGAUCGGUGGAGAAAUCCCUAAAGAAAUCGGCUCCCUCACUAGCCUCACCUUCCUUGAUCUCUCCGAUUGCCGCUUGAGCGGUUCAAUGCCUCCAGAAAUCGGAAACUGCAAGGAGCUGCAGAUGCUGAAUUUGGCGCGAAAUUCGAUCACGGGAAACCUUCCGACCUCUCUAUCUUCGCUCACCAAGCUAGAGGUGCUGGACGUGUCGGCGAACAAGCUCGACGGCGCCAUUCCUGAUAUUUUGGGGCAACUCUCUUCCCUCAACAGGCUCUCCUUAGGAAGCAACGGUUUAUCCGGGAACAUUCCGUCCAGCCUCGGCCGUUGCUCGCGGCUUCAGCUGCUCGAUUUGAGCAGGAAUUCGUUGACAGGGAGCAUGCCGGUGGAGAUAUUUACCAUCGAGGCGCUUGAAAUCGAGCUGAAUUUGAGCUGGAAUUUGCUUAGCGGGGAAAUUCCAACUCAGAUUGCGGCAUUGAACAAGCUCUCUGUAUUGGAUCUUUCACACAACAAACUUCAGGGAGAGUUGAAGUCUCUUUCAGGAUUGGUGAACCUCGUGUCGUUGAACAUCUCCUUCAACAACUUCUCAGGCUACUUGCCUGACAACAAGGUUUUCAGGCAGCUCUCCGCAGAAGAGCUGGCUGGGAACCCGGGGUUGUGUUCCCAUGGCCAUGACUCGUGUUUCCUGAGCUCUGGCUCGGGAAUGGGGAUUCCCGGGAAGAGGCGGCCGUGGAAGCUGAGAUUGGCCAUCGCAUUGCUUGUGAUCGUGACCGUGGCGCUGGCAGUUGUGGGCGUGCUAGCCUUUCUCAAAGUGCGGAGAAUGAGCAAAGCAGAAUCGGAUUCGGAAUUGGGAGAGGGGGAGUCGUGGUCGUGGAAAUUCACCCCCUUUCAGAAGCUGAAUUUCUCAGUGGAUCAGAUCCUCAGGUGUCUCGUCGAGGCCAAUGCCAUCGGGAAGGGGUGCUCAGGAAUCGUCUACAAGGCGGAACUCGACAACGGGGAAGUGGUGGCGGUGAAGAAACUGUGGCCUGUGAUGGUGCAGGCCGGUUUGAACAGGGGAGUUCGCGAUUCGUUCUCGACUGAAGUGAGGACGCUGGGAUCGAUCCGGCACAAGAACAUAGUGAAGUUUUUAGGGUGCUGUUGGAAUCAGAAGACGAGGCUGCUGAUGUAUGAGUAUAUGCCCAAUGGAAGCCUGGGAAGCCUUGUGCAUGAGAAUAAUGGAGGCUUCUUGGAGUGGGAGGUGAGGUACCGGAUUCUGCUGGGCGCGGCUCAGGGCGUCGCGUAUCUGCACCAUGACUGUGCCCCGCCUAUCGUGCACCGGGACAUUAAGGCCAACAACAUUUUGAUUGGCCUGGAUUUCCAGCCUUACAUUGCUGAUUUCGGCCUGGCUAAGCUCGUUGAUGAUGGAGACUUCGCCCGUUCCUCCAAUACUAUUGCUGGUUCCUAUGGCUAUAUUGCUCCUGAGUAUGGAUUCAGUAUGAAGAUCACUGAGAAGAGCGAUGUUUAUAGUUUUGGAGUAGUUAUGUUGGAAGUCCUCACUGGGAAACAGCCCAUUGACCCGACCAUACCCGAUGGGAUUCACAUUGUGGACUGGGUGAAGCAGAAGAGAGGCGUGGAGGAAGUUCUAGACCCCGGGCUGCGCCUGAGGCCCCAGCCGGAGAUUCAAGAAAUGAUGCAGAGCUUAGGAGUGGCAAUGCUGUGUGUGCAGUCGUCACCUCAUGAGCGGCCAACGAUGAAGGAUGUGGCGGCGAUGCUCAAGGAAAUAAGACAAGAGAGAGAGGAGAAUAUGAAAAAUGAGGCUGGGAAAGGGUCACAAGUUAGUGAUGGUGGUGGUGGUGGAGAGGGACAUAAUGGUGGAGGCUCAUCAUCAGCUAUACAGACUUUGUAUUUGCAGAGCAACAAUUCAAGCUUCUCUGCAUCUUCAUUACUCAAUAAGCAAUAGAGAUUGCAUUUCUUUAAUUUGUACUUACUUACAUCUAAACCGUUUGGUUUUCUCAUCUUAUAAAGUGUUGAUUAUCUUUUGAGAAAAAUAAGAAUACUACUACUAUUCUUUA